GGAUUUUUAAUCUUUCGUGAGGUGAGUUUAAAAGUCGUCCGUUUGCAUGGGGCCGUCGAAUGCGUUCAUCCCAGUACCCAGCAAGGAGGAUCAACCACACCAGAGAAAGAGAUGCAAACGCGGAGGCGAACAUUGCACUUUCCGGGGCCUCCGUCAUCCUCGUCUGACCGUCAACCCUUACCUCCAUUUCGCCGCAAAUGUCAAUCACACAAGGUACAACCUUGCAAACGAACUCCUUUCAGUCGUGACACCAGAAUUGGUUCCUCGCGACUCCAUUCGAGAUGA